GCCCGCGCAUCCCCGCAAGCAAUGGCCGCCAGUUCAAACUAAACCGCCGCGUCAGGCAGACGCGGCUAGUGUCCUAGUCCUAGUGUUGUGUCUUGUUCAACAAGUGCGUGUGUAACCGGCAAAAUGGUGGCAGGAGGAAAACAGAUGAACGUCCGCGUGACGACGAUGGACGCGGAGCUGGAGUUCGCGAUCCAGCAGACGACGACCGGCAAGCAGCUGUUCGACCAGGUGGUCAAGACCAUCGGCCUCCGCGAGGUCUGGUUCUUUGGCCUACAGUACACCGACUCCAAGGGAGAUCUCACCUGGAUCAAGCUGUAUAAGAAGGUGAUGCAACAAGACGUAAAGAAGGAGAAUCCGCUGCAGUUCAAGUUCCGAGCCAAAUUCUACCCGGAAGAUGUCGCUGAUGAGCUCAUCCAGGAGAUCACGCUCAAGCUCUUCUACCUACAGGUGAAGAACGCGAUCCUGUCAGACGAGAUCUACUGCCCUCCCGAGACGUCCGUCCUGCUCGCAUCAUACGCUGUGCAAGCGAGACACGGCGACCACAACCCCGGCCUGCACGGGCCAGGGUUCCUCGCCAACGACCGCCUGCUGCCGCAGCGAGUCACCGACCAGCACAAGAUGUCCCGCGACGAAUGGGAACAGAGCAUAACCAACUGGUGGCAAGAGCACCGUGGCAUGCUCCGCGAGGACGCCAUGAUGGAAUACCUGAAGAUCGCACAGGACCUCGAGAUGUAUGGAGUGAAUUACUUCGAGAUCAGGAAUAAGAAGACCACGGAACUGUGGCUCGGGGUUGACGCUCUCGGGCUUAAUAUCUAUGAGAAGGAUGACAAACUGACCCCAAAGAUCGGUUUCCCCUGGUCCGAAAUCCGCAACAUCUCCUUCAACGACCGCAAGUUCAUCAUCAAGCCCAUAGACAAGAAGGCUCCCGACUUCGUCUUCUUCGCGCCCCGCGUUCGCGUCAACAAACGCAUCCUCGCACUCUGUAUGGGCAACCACGAGUUGUAUAUGCGCAGGCGCAAACCCGACACUAUUGAUGUGCAGCAGAUGAAGGCGCAGGCGAGAGAGGAGAAACUCGCUAAACAGGCACAGAGAGAGAAACUGCAACUUGAGAUCGCGGCUCGUGAACGCGCGGAAAAGAAACAACAGGAAUACGAGGACCGUCUCAAACACAUGCAAGAAGAGAUGGAACGCUCACAGGCGAACCUGAUCGAAGCCCAGGACAUGAUCAGACGGCUCGAGGAGCAGCUGCGCCAGCUGCAGGCUGCUAAGGAGGAGCUCGAGCAGAGACAGAACGAGCUGCAAGCUAUGAUGACCCGCCUCGAGGAGACCAAGAACAUGGAAGCCGCGGAGCGCGCUAAGCUCGAAGAGGAGAUCCGCAACAAACAAGAGGAGGUGUCUCGCAUCCAGCAGGAGGUUGAAGAGAAGGACACGGAAACCCGCCGGCUGCAGGAGGAGGUCGAGGAGGCGCGCAGGCAACAGGACGAGGCGGCGGCGCUCCUAGCGGCGGCGGUGACGCCGGUGCACCACCACGUGGCCGAGGGCAAGGACGACGCGGGCUCGGACGGCGGCUCCGAGCAGGGCGGCCAGGAGCUGGCCACCGCGCCGGAUGACCUGGUGGACCCCGUGGCCGACCGCCGCACGCUCGCCGAGCGCAACGAGCGUCUGCACAGCCAGCUCAAGGCCCUGAAACAAGACCUCGCACAAUCCCGCGACGAGACCAAGGAGACCGCCAUGGACAAGAUCCACCGCGAGAACGUGCGCCAGGGCCGCGACAAGUACAAGACGCUGCGCGAGAUCCGCAAGGGCAACACCAAGCGCCGCGUCGACCAGUUCGAGAACAUGUAGGCGCGUGUCUAGCGCUCACGACUGGGGUUUAUGUUUACCGGGCAUCUGCUAACAAAACAAACAGUUUCCAAGAGAAACUUAUCAACUUUUUAGACCACUCAAAUCGGUAAUUGUGGCUCUUCGUGACCCCUAACACACCCGCUCAAUCAAACUUCUUGGGGUAUGUUUACCGGGCCAAACAAAACUUGUCGGCAGACUUUUAAAGUUCACUUCAAAGAACUAAAUUUGUGACUUUUGGUGACUAUUCAAUCUGUUUUACAAAUUUUACACCACUUAAAACGUCAAUCGUGACCCCUAAAACACCCGCUCAAUCUAACGACUGGGGGAAUGUACCAACCCAAGCUAAACCGCGCGGUAAAAUAUUGUUUACUAGACCACUUUACACUUUCACAACCAAGAACACGCCUGGUAGGCCCUCGUGAACUUUGCUCAGAUAAAGCUUGACCAGAAAUAUAUGACUACACGCCAUGUUGCGGAAUUUUAUGACAACUAUUUUCUUCAUACUAAACUGAACUGUCACCGCAUAUAUCAGAAAAACAGCGCCCUCCUGACAAGUCAUAUAUUUCUGGUCAGGCUUUACUCUUCGUAUAUGAUAUUUAUUUCAGUUGGCUCAGAUGCCGGACAAACCGUUGUCACCAUACAAGCGGUCGAUUAUAGAUGACAGCCGGUUUCUGACGUAGUGCGCCAUUUUUGUCUGGUAGUGAAUGUGUGAACAAUUGUGGUUCUCGAAACCCUUAAUACAGGUUUACUAUUCAAUCGGGGUCUUUUAAAAGUUUGCCGACAGACUAGAAUUGAUUUUGCUGUGUCCACAUUUACAACAUUUAGAACAUUGAAUGUUCGAAUAUGAAUGUGCCCAAAUUUGUAACACUUAAAACAUUGAAUUAUCUUAUCUACAAGACGAACAUUGAAUGUUCAAAUUAUCUAAAUUUUAUCGUGUUUACAACAACGGUAAAGUUGAGUGUUGAACUGUUAAAUAGCUCUUGCUGAUUGCGACUAAGAGCUGCCUUAUAUAAAAGACUAAUUUUUGUACGUGUGGUCAUGAUCUGUGAGAACUGAACUGUUAUCAGUAUUGUAAUCGGCUUAGGCAUAAAAACAUCAAGUUUGUUCAAUAACUGAUCGCGGUCAAUUUUAUAUAAUAUCUAGAAUAAAUAUACUAUUUGUGCUACAACGGCUCUAAUUUAGUACUUUUAUCCGAGUUUGACGGUUAGAUACUGUAAACCCCAGUCUACGGUUUGGACCAAGUUUUGUAAGCGUUUAAACAUAUCCUAGUUAAGGACGGUCGAUGGGAGUCCGUCGGAAAAGCAGCGGCAAUUCGCUCUCCUAAUGCUGCCACUUUUGAGUAAAAUAUACACAAAUUAUUAAAAAUGUCAGACAAUAAUCUGCCAAAAGUAUAGACAAAUUAUUUCCGACUAGACUAUUAAAUCAUGGUAUUUCCCAAUUUAUUUGCAAUCUAUCUCAAUUUAUUCAUCAAAUAAAUCUAUUUACAAUCACUGUCUAUAAUUUUAGCAGAUGCUAUUGUAUAGAACUAUUUGUAUGUAUGGUAUUUUUAGAGAAUUUUAUUCUCGAUUUAUAAAUUGUAAUCGAUAAUGGUAAAGGUCAUAUUUUGUAUAAGAGGGCGCGGUCGAUUUUGAACUAGACAGCUUCCAAAAUAAUAUUUUGGAUUGGAAUCCAAUAAAUUUGAAAACUCGACCGUCGCCGGAUGUCGUAAGGUUGCAAACCGUCCGAAUGGCCCUUAAGUUUCAAACUUAAACCUUAAUUGUAAAGCGGGAAUUCUGUGCAUUUUCGGCACGAGCUCGCGACGUCAGUCGGGACUAUAUGUAAAUAUUGAUUAUUACUUAAUAGUAAUUUUAUUUUAGACCAUAAUGUGCUAUAACCGAAUAUGUAUACAAGAGGAAUCACGUUUUAACCAUAUUUUAAAAACAUUCACAAUCGACCACGACACACCGGCUUGUUUUAUUAUUAAUAAUUAUUUUUUAAAUAAUUCGGAUUUUAUUUCUAACGAUAGAUGUAUGUCGGGAAUGUGAGUCAUGAAACUGUGCGUCGAGUUAUUCAGUAAUGUUUAUUUGUGUUAGGUAUGUUAUAGUUGCCUGUUGACUACUGUAGGGAUAGAUUAGAGGCCGGCGGCCGAGCGAUCGCUCCGUCCCGCUCCGGCGCGAGGCGUGCCCGCUCCGUGCGAGCGAGACGGCAAUACAUUAGACGAGGACGGAGGGUGCUCAAGGGGCGGGCCGCGGGGCGCAUCUUAUUUAUUUUUAUAAUCAUUUAUAAUUAGCCGUAGGAGAUAUCGGUUCAAGUGUAAUUAUCAUAUCUAUUCUUUCUGUCUUGAACAAAAUUCGAAAAGCUUCAGUUUAGUAUGCGUAUAGGGAGCGUAUUUAAUUGUUAAGUGUAUAAAAGGCAUUCCAUAAGUUACAAUACGGUUGGCGUGAGUUAUUUGGAUGACAGCGAGCGUUCUGUGUUCUGUUUGAAGUGCCAUCCUGCAUGCAAGCCGCCAGUCGCCGCGACUGGCGACACGGUUACGCUAAACUAUUUAUAUAUCUUGUCAUUAUUUUCUAAAAUUAUACAAUACCAUGUUGCCUUUCAACUACUGUGAAUUUUUUUCCAAUAAAACGAUUAAGUAAA